AUGGAAUUAAUUAGUAGGAGGACCAAGCCUGUAGAGAGAAAACUAAUGUAUGCUGACGACCUGACCCUGUUGGCUGACAGCAAAGAGGAAUUGGUAAAUGUGAUAUUAGAGUGGGCAUCUGUGUUUGAAGACCCUGGUUUGAAGAGGGAAACACCGCUCGCAAAUGCUGCAUUCUGGGCUGCAAGGAAAGGAAACCUGGCUCUUCUUCAGCUGUUGUUGAACAGUGGGCGAGUAGAUGUGGACUGCAGAGACAGCCUUGGCACAACAGCUCUGAUGGUAGCUUCUCACUAUGGUCACAUAGAAUGUGUGCGGGAAUUGGUGUUACAAGGCGCAGAUAUCAAUCUGCAGAGAGAGUCAGGCACAACUGCUCUGUUCUUUGCUGCACAACAAGGCCACAAUGAUGUUGUGAGGUUUCUCUUUGAAUUUGGCGCCUCUACUGAAUUUAGAACUAAAGAUGGCGGUACCGCUCUGUUAGCAGCAUGUCAGUAUGGCCACACACGAGUGGUGGAAACUCUAUUGAAGCAUGGUGCCAACAUACAUGAUCAACUUUGUGAUGGAGCUACUGCACUUUUUCUGGCUGCCCAAGGCGGUUAUCUGGAUGUCAUCAGAUUAUUGUUAUCUUCAGGAGCAAAGGUCAACCAGCCAAGGCAGGACGGGACAGCUCCUUUGUGGAUAGCAUCUCAGAUGGGUCACAGUGAGAUAGUGAGGGUAAUGCUGCUCCGGGGAGCUGAUCGAGAUGCCACACGGAACGAUGGUACCACCGCUUUACUUAAAGCUGCUAACAAAGGGUAUCAUGACGUUAUAGAGGAAUUACUCAAAUUCUCUCCUGCACUUGGCCUGUUGAAGAAUGGGACUUCUGCUCUCCAUGCGGCCGUGCUGGGUGGCAACGUUAAAGCAGUAGCACUACUUUUGGAAGCAGGAGCAGAUCCUUCUCUUAGGAACAAGGCAAAUGAACUGCCAGCAGAGCUAACACAAAAUGAACGCAUCCUCCGGCUCCUCCGGGCAAAAGAAAAGCACAGGAAAAGCUAA